AUGGAGCCGAUCGAUGGGAACUUGCUUCAGGCAAUUGUUGCGCUAUCCGGGUUGUUGUUUUGCCUUGGCCUUCCUAUUUGCUGCGCAACGAAGGUUUGGACAUGGGAUCGGCUCGGGUGGCUCGUUCACACGGUCAGAGCACGGCAAUGCCACGACACAGCGCACGGAAAGCAGGCGUGCGAAAUGAAGGACGAGGUGCAGCUCACUGAUAUCGUCUUCGAGUACACAGAUCCGGACCAAGGGGGGCACUUCAGGUUGAGAGGUAUCUCAGACCCUGGCGUGGAGGCAUUUGCAGCGUACAGCGGUCUCGUUGCCAACCUCACGCUCGCAAGCGUGCUCGCUGUGGUGGUCCUCUGCGCCGUGCAGUUUCAGCGCAUCCGGAGCGGGCGGAACGGCACGUGCGCGGUGAUCGGCUUCUGGCUCACGAGGGUGCCUCUGUGGAUUUCUGCUCUGCUGGUGCAGGUCUUAUUCUUGGUGCAAUUGGCCUGCGUCUUUGCAUUCCUCAUCCUGGACUGCCUGUGCCCACCGAGCCCUGGGCAGAGCAGCGCAAUCCCCUACUUCGAUGUCGAAACCAAAGAUUAUUGCUACAGCAGCAGGCAGCGGGGAGGUGGCAGGACCGUUGCCCACUGGGGGAUCUGGACAGUUGUAGGGUACACUCUCGUCUUUGUUGCCCUGGUUCUCAUGGCGUCAUCGCUCACUGCUGAUUAUGUUUGGCUGAGGCGGACAGUUCGUCUGGCAGGUGCGGAUCUUCUUGGAUGA